AUGGUGCACCUUCUUUAUGCGCUCAAGAUAAAUCGCCUGAUUUACGAUAUCAACGUGUACUACGGCCAGCGACAGCUUGCGGCAUGUGACGUCCAAGAGGUCUGGACCUCGUGGUCGACCCUCUUUCAAAUCAACAUCCGCACGGGCGACCUGUCCUUCACAACUGCCAAGAUCGUCGACAUUGCAUUCGACCUGGUUGUUGGUCGUAUCGGACAGGCCGCAUUGGCGUGGUUGUCCUAUCGCGUCUACACCGACGUCUUUACUUUCCUCGCCGAAAGGCAACCUGUCCCGUAUACCACGUUCACAGCGAUCACGGUGCAUCCGACCAGCUUGUCGUCACUCGAGACGUACCUGCUGGCCUUGUUCUCCAAAAGAGGUUCCAAAUUGACGCUGCUCUGGCUGAUCGGGACUGUCUCUUACCUCUUGGCCUUUCCCACGGUCGUCUCGGCAUCCACGUCCCUCGUAAGUGCGACCGUGUCCGCGAUUCAGCUCCCCACCAACGCGACCGUGCCGAUUCUCGAAUACCUCGACAGCGCGGCGUACAAGUUCGCAAACUCGGGUCUCGCGGACAAACCGGACCCGUGGUUCGUCUACGUCUCGGAGAUCCACAAGCUACCGGUGAAGGUCAGCGAAGAGCAUCUCGACAUCAUGUACCUCGACGGCACUAACUGGAGCGGGAAUGAUCGGAACGACACGCUUGUGGUGAACAGCACCACUUACACCAUCAGCAACUCCACACUCGUUGACGCGGGUUUCUACUACGGCAGCGUCUUCUACCCGAUCGACCCUACCAAGAACCACGGCGUCAGCGCUCUGGUCGGAGACCAAAUGGUCUGUAUCCCCGACGGCAACCGGUAUCAAUGGGGUGCGUCGUACGAGCUGUUGUGUCUCAUUGUGAUUUGUCAGAUUCUCUGGUCGGCGGCGAUGUUGGUGGUGUGGUCGAUGGCGUGCAUGAGCAGCGCAACCAUCCAAAAUGGGGGGAAUAUGGGCCUGUACACGGCAAUUCUGCUGCUUGCACAGCCACUGCGAGAAAAGAUGAACAAGAGACCCGCGGGGAAUGACGGCGUGAACAACGAGAAAGUGGUGAAAAGCAUUGUCCAGACGAUUGGGCCUGUGACGUACGAUAAUGGAUUCGAGGCCGGUGGACAGGAACGAUGGGCUAGGAAAACUCGAGGUUAUGCCAGGCUCAGGGAGCAUAUGACAAGUUUAUAA